GUCCGGAACAGACUCCGUACCAUUUUUGCAGGCAGAAGGAUGCUGUACUCGCGCUCGACGUCCAUGAACAACUCGCGCCGCAGGCGUGCGAGGCUGACUGCCUCACGUCUGCGGCGCUCCAAGCUGUUGACCGAGGUGGCUAUGCGCAAAAUGAAUUUGGAUCCAGCGAAAACCAUGCAGAUGGAACACAUCUCGGAGCAGCUAUCAGCGGAGGACAUCAGCUUCUUCCGCCACAUUUUUUGCCAGAUUGACACCGACAACUCGGGCAUCAUGUUACGCUCGGAAUUGCAUGAGGCCCUGACGCUACUCGGAAUCUCUCCGAGCGACAAAGAGCUCGACGAGCAUUUGCUCGUUGCAGAUGCAGACGGUAGCAAGGCUAUCGAUCUUCAGGAAUGGAUUGUGCUCUGUGGGAUGCUCGUCACUCCUCCGAACGAUGAAGAAGACCUACUUGGCGCGUUUCAAUGUCUAUUUCCUAAUGAAGAGGAUAUCCCCGUUGUCGUGUUCCGCACUAAGAUACAGCGUCUACUCGAGAAUGCAUAUGCGCACCUACCGGACAGCAACCCACACGAAGUAAGCUGCUACGUCGACGACAUUCUCAGUGCCCUCGAUCCCAACGACACUGAGUGCAUCGACGUGCAGGAAUGCAUUCGAAUUCUGACCACACCCUACCACGGCAAACCUUACCUCGCUCCCAGCCCCAAGGCACAAAAGAGGAGUGAGCAGCAGGAAGACGUGGAAGACAAGUGA